AUGAACAAUGGGAACCACCAGACUGACAAUGCAAUGUUUGGUAUGAAUAUGAAUGGACAAGUACAGCCAGGAGUACCACAACCUAAUCAGAUGGGCCAGCUGGGCCAACAACCACAACACCAACCCCAGCAACACAUGGGAUCUUUACCAAUGUUGACACCAGAGUUAUUAGCCUCGUUGACUCCACAACAAAUGCAGGCGAUGAAGAAUCAUCCUCAGUUUCAGCAAAUGAUGCGGCAAUAUAUACAGAGACAACAGCUUUUGAACCAACAACAACAACAACAACAACAAAAUAAAGGUUUUCCAAGAGGUGGCGCUCCCAAUUUUCCCCAGGUGCAAAACAUACCACAACAGCCACCACUACCACCACAAGUACAGCACCAGCUGCCGAUUGCAGCUCAGGGCAACCCUUUGGUUGGAAACAAUCCACAACGAAUGCCCCAACAGGGACCCCCUGCAGCUUUUCAACAAGUACCACACCCAGCAGAACCCAAUAAUUUUUCAAGUCCCCAGCACCAACAACAGAACCUACAGUCACAGUUGGGUCCGCAACAACAACAGCAACCACCACCUCCAGGGUUUGAGGGAAAUUUUCCAGGUAACAUACCCAACAACAUACCUCAGCAAGGACCAAAUUUUCAAGGUGCGGGAAUACGUGGUGGAGGAAUAGGGGGAGGCGUUCCAGGCGUUAACAUACCCAAUUUGGGACCAGUGGGUCCUCCUUCAGCCACUGCAGUUGAUGCUCAUUUAAUGAACACUGUAGUUGAUAAUGCAAUGCCAAUGGGUGAACCCAAUGGAGUAGUACCGUUCCCCAAUCCUCAACAACAACAACAACAGCAGCAGCAGCAGCAACCGCCACCACCGCCACUACCACAAUCUUCAAUUCUCCCUCCAAAUACUGCAAUACACACGCCUUCACAAGCGAACUUGCAUAAACCAGGUCUUAUUGACCCUAGUCGCAUGAGUUCAGCAGCAUCCAUUCCAGGAGUGAGUCCAGCAAAAGCUCAAGAACUACACAGUAAGAUGCCUAUAAAACAAUUGACAAGUCUUCAUCAAUGGUCAGACAAGUUUGAACAAGAGGGUGAACCAAUUCCGUUGGAUACUGACGUUUAUGAGGAAAUUAUUCAAAGAGAUUCUGACUAUUUGACAAAUUUAGCCAAGCAGCAUGUCACUAUGAAGCAAGAAGUUGAAUUGGCAUCGCGAGACUUGCAACAGUACAAUCAAAUAAAACAAUUGCGAAUGAACUCGAUUCAGUUGAGUGCCAAGAAUCAAAUGAAUAAUAGUAUAUGGGGUGAAGGAUACCAAGGUUAUGGUAAUGGUAUCACAAAUACUGCGAGUCGUUUACUUCUUCCGGAAAGAGAUAUCUCCGAUCGAAUGAUUAAUGAAAGAUUGGCUCAAACAAAAGGUGUUAAAAACUAUGUACCCAUCAGACUUGAGUUUGAUCAAGAUAGAGAUAAAUUUAAGCUACGUGAUACAUUUUUAUGGGACUUGAAUGAAAAGGUUUUCACAAUUGAGGAUUUUACCGGCCAAUUAUUGGAUGAUUAUAAACUAAUACCACGUAUCCACUACCAAACGAUAUUGAAUAGCAUCAAAGAGCAAAUUGCCGAAUACCAGCAGAAACCUUUAAAGACAACAGGCGAGAUACGUAUACCCAUCAAGAUUGAUAUAAUAAUGAACAACACACAACUUACAGAUCAAUUUGAAUGGGACAUUCUCAACACGAGCGAGAACGAGCCUGAAGAGUUUGCUACGAUAAUGUGUGAUGAAUUAUAUCUUCCUGGAGAAUUUAGCACCACCAUUGCCCAUAGUAUACGUGAACAAUGUCAAAUGUACAUCAGGGCCUUGAAUUUGGUUGGAUGUAACUAUGAUGGUACACCAGUAACUGAAGAUGCAAUUCGUAAUCAUUUGCUUCCGCCAUUGCGUUUAGUAUCCAAGGAUUACCAGGUUGUUGAUGACUUUUUCUCGAUUUUACGAAACCCUUCAAAUGUGCCUGAAUUUAGUCCUCAAUUGAUCAAAUUAACCGAAUUGGAGCUUGAACGUAUGGACAAGGAGAUGGAAAGAGAAAGCAGACGUAAGAGAAGACACAAUUAUAACGAAGAUGGACAAGUUUUCAGUGGCGUUGGUGGAACUAGUGGUGGAUUUGGUUCAGGGACAUUUACACCAACCGGAACUGAAGGUUUCAUCAAAGGAGCACCAAGUACCGGUAGCUCAAGAGGUUUUCUGUCAUCACGACGCAAUGCAGCUCACAUUGGUAGAGGUAAUGUCAUUCCUGAUUUGUCUGAUGUACCGAAGACUUUUAGGACUCCAGCUCCAUCAAGUAUAUUACCUGGAGCUAUUGAUUUGGCAGUGCCUGAAGUAUACGAAUACGAUGAGAUAUUUGUUAAUCGAACCCAAGUCAGGAAUCCGAAUUAUAGACCACCAACUCCCGAUCCUGUAUUGAGUGAUCGUGUGCAAUAUGAACAUGAUCCAUUGGAAGGUUCUUUCAAUGUAACAAUAAAGUGUAGACUAGAAUGA